CUACGUAACCCCACAUUGCUCCCCCUCACAUUUCUGCUGAGAAUUUCUGAUUUCCCCUUCACCAGUAUCUCAGAUCCAAUCCUUCGGCAAGGUCACACUCGGUCGCCAUGCCUAACCCCAAGGUCUUCUUCGAUAUCACCAUUGGGGGAGCUCCCGCUGGCAGGAUCAUCAUGGAGCUGUACGCGGAUACCACCCCCAGGACAGCUGAGAACUUCCGCGCCCUGUGCACUGGCGAGAAGGGGGUUGGUCGCUCUGGAAAGCAGCUUCACUUCAAGGGCUCUACCUUUCAUCGCGUCAUUCCGGACUUCAUGUGCCAGGGAGGUGACUUUACACGGGGAAACGGAACCGGCGGAGAGAGUAUCUACGGCGAGAAGUUUGCCGAUGAGAACUUCAUCAAGAAGCACUCCGGGCCUGGUGUCCUCUCCAUGGCUAACGCUGGCCCAAACACCAACGGCUCCCAGUUCUUCCUGUGCACGGUGAAGACUCCCUGGCUCGAUGGGAAGCACGUGGUCUUCGGCCAGGUUGUGGACGGAAUGAACGUCGUCAAGGCAGUCGAGACUGUUGGCACCACCUCGGGUGCUACGAGGAAACCUGUGGUCAUUGCUGACUGCGGACAGCUCAGCUGAACUUGAAUUUUAAGCCCUUAGUCUUCGGAUCUUGACAACAGAGUUCUGCAUACUGCCUGACCUUGGGAUUUUUGUCAAUGUGUUGAGCGGUUGCACACCUUAGUGCUGAGUGCACUUCCAUACAUCAAUUCCCACUGGUAUGCGGAGGCCUUUUGCCUUCCAUUUUGAAAUUCCCAUUUGAUUUGCAAGCAACGUGGCUGGAUUGGUGCAAGCUGUGAGGAAUCGAAGGUUGAUGCCACAGGCGCAUGUUGUCUGGGGGCAAAGUAUUGAAGUGAAAGAAUGACUAGAACAGCCCCCAAAUUGCAGACUUUUUACUCUGAUUCAGACUUUUUUCAGAGUUUUUUUGGGGGUGUACUCUGAUUGGGAAGACUUUUUUUUGUACCUUACUUUGAUUUUU